ACAGACAGACAGACAGACAGACAGACAGACAGACAGACAGACAGACAGACAGACAGACAGACAGACAGACAGACAGACAGACAGACAGACAGACAGACAGACAGACAGACAGACAGACAGACAGACAGACAGACAGACAGACAGACAGACAGACAGACAGACAGACAGACAGACAGACAGACAGACAGACAGACAGACAGACAGACAGACAGACAGACAGACAGACAAAAUAUAACAUAUGAACAGCCUUAUGAUAAGUUACACCGAAAUACAAGGAAACCACACAUUGUUAAAAGAUCACGUUAGGCGUAUGUACAGUAUGUAACUUUCUUCACUCUCUUUAACACUUAGAACUCAUGCUGCAAAUAUUACUACGGGAUUCUCAAAGAAGAGAAAAGUUAACCGAGAACCAGUAGUUGUUAAAAGAACACAGGAACGUCGGCCGACCUCAUCUCAAGAAAAGAAAGGUACGGGCACUCAAUCUUGUGACUUACUAACCGUUCAAUUCCCAUCUUUGUCACGUAACUGGUACCGCUCUCAAUCAUUUAAACUCAGCGAUUCUCAAAGCUACCUCACAUCGAAUGCUUUUGACGAAUCCGACGAGAUGUCAGAUGAACGUGGAAUCUUCUCUGACCCAAUAUCGGUCAUGAAUCCUUCUGAAAUAUUACUUCCUCAGACCAACUCACUCCUACCUUUUCCUCGCAUGUCAAAAAAAUGGUAUUCCUUCGUCAGUACUGAUGAUGAUUCGAAUGAAGAAGGCACCACUGAAACAAGCCAAAAUUCAGUUAUUUUUCCCAGACUAUCAAAACAAUGGUAUAAGAGACGCGGAAAGUUAUCCUCUAAAAACAACAGUCGAAAUCGAAUUGUACAUGCCGACGGAUAUUUACAAAAGAAUGUUGUGGAUUUGGAAAAAAGAUUACAUUUGAAACAAAUGAACAUUUGAAAGAAAAAUAUAGAAUUAUUCUUGAAGUCGGGAAAUAUUUCUUAAAAAAUGGUCCUAUUAUAAUUGCAAAACAGCUUGGGACUAAUAUACAAUACAUACAAAGAAAACAUAACGAAUAAUAAACUGAAGCGACCUUGUCCGAAACCUACUGAAUUAUUGGCUGUUCUUUCACCGCAUCUGAACAUAUCUAAAAUACAUUUGCAUGAAACCGCAUUUUUCGUAGAAAAACGUGAAAACCUGUAUGCGGUUGUUAAGAAAUUAGAAGAUAUAAGCAGAGCAGGAAUUAAAGAGGAAAUGAACAAUCACAUAAAAAAUGAGAUUGGCGACCUCUUUAACACGGCAUUAAGAUUUGCGGACACAAAGAAAGAUCGAGACUUGAUUAAGGGUCUUUUUGCAACAGCUACUAGCACAAAUUUCGUAGCCAAGCUUUCGAAUGUAAAGAACAAAAAUGCAAUUAUGGCAUGCAAGAAUGAGCUAGAGGGAAAUUUGCUUCAAUUCCAAGACAUUGAAACAACUUCUAGAACGGUACGAAAUGACAUGACCAAUGAGGCACAACGCCGUUUGCACAAGCGCAUCAUAGCAUUGAGAAAAAGUAAGGAGUUUCGUAGGUCGUACGAUGGUAGAGGCCGUCCCCUUAAAGCAGACAUAUUCCCGGAACUCGGUCUUGUCCUUGAAAGCAUUUUUACUGCAGGUGAUAAGGGCAUUGAAGGUGGUUUAGAGUCUCACAGCAGAUUAACAACUGACAUAAUGUAUAAAAGUAUUGAUAACAAUCUUUUCAUGCGUCAGGCUAGAGAAAUUAUUUUACAAGUUGCUCCACCAAACUUUUCCAUUUCAUUGUCGUCUUGCUACAAUUACACAGACACCUACAAGGACAACUCUUUUGCUGCAAAAAGACACCAUGCAGGAAAGAACAUUAACGCUAGAAUAUCGCUAAAACGCCCACCACGUGAUGCAGUUUCUCACUUAGUAGUGAAUCUUCAUUGGUCUACUAAAGCGGUAAAUUUGAUGUUGGAGGAAGCUGAAACAACGCCAAAUGACCACGUUAUUGAUUCCAAAGAUGCGAAAGCCAUAGUGUGCGGAGAUAUCCAGCCGGUUCAAUAUCCUGGAAAAUCAUGGAAACCCAUUUCCUAUGAAGAUCACACCUUUGACCAAAGCAGGGUAAACGCGGUUGUCCCAAUGACUCAUUUAUUCUUGGAUUUAGAAAGUGUUGGUGAGGUUUCGCAUGAAGACAAUAGAAUGAAGAAAAUAUCGGUCACAAGGACAGGAAAACCGGUCACGUUACUGUACCUUGGCAUAUCAGAACCAGAAACUACCUUUCGGGCUAUGAACGAGAUGUUCUACUUGUUAACUUUGCCAUCUCUAGACUCUGUUUUUAGAAACCCAGACACUGGUAGUCUGAAGCGUCUAUUUAGUUUCGUUGUCGACAAUGGACAUGGGGAGGAUCCCGACAGCGCGCUCACACAAAUGUGCCUAUUACAGCUGAACAAAAUAAAUCAGAGAAGUUUUGCCGAAUACCACAGUAAACGGAAUUUUGUAGAGCGUGUGCACGCCGCUGAAAAUGUUGCCUUAUCAAGACAUGGAGCAUUCUGCAGUUCAAAAGUCCACCAAAACGUUGAAAAACAUAGUCCUGAACACCUCGAGAAUAUGGAAUCGAUGGCCAAAGAUGUUAAACAAUGUUUAUCAUGUGCACGGUUUGGAAAUUCGUUUAUACAGUGUUUUAGAGGUGUUGCGAAAAACGUUGUUUUUAAUGACGAACUCAAAUUGAAGGAGUAUCUUAAUUUAAAUGAAGAGCGUAAAAUGGACUGCGAUUGGACGUACACACCACUGAAAAAUGAGUAUUUUAAUACUUUGGUUGAAACAUGGAAACUUGAUGAAAACUACAUUGGUCAGUAUGCCGAAGAUUGCAAAAUUAUUGCUAACCAGUCUGGUGUCAGAACAGCCAACAAAGACAAAUAUGGGACAAUGCUGCGUGAUGCGUCACAUUUUGAUGAUCACAAUGGAAAAACACUUCAGCCAAUACCUGAUUACAUCCGUUGGGUUCAUUCUGGUGAACUCCAUUUUCUUUCGUACGAAAAAACUGAGCAACUCGCAAGAGACAAGCCUGAAAUUACUGACUGUGAUAUAUUUUUGCCAACACGAAUCUUGGACAUAUUCUUUGACAUUGAAAAUGAUCCGUCAAAUGAAAUCUUGCAACAACUAGCUCUCCUUUCAUGGUUACCAAUUGAAGAAGUAACUGAAUACUUCAACAAGAACAGAGAGAAAGCUGACAAAAGCUGCCGUGAUAAUAUUGGACGGGAGACCUGGCGCAGUCAUCCUCUUUACAAACUUAACAUGGGCGAAUUAGAACAAAUGUGCAAGAAAAACAAUGUUUCAUUCAAAGGUCCGAAGUACGUAAUUGUUAAGGCGUUGGUACUUGCUCAAGAUGAAGACGUUCCAGACGAUUUUCGAGCCGACUAUAAAGGUGAUUUGGGUUCGUUGCCAAAAAGUAUUUCAAUGUUAAAAAAGUUACCUGCUGCAACUCUUCAGUGUAUUUUGAAAUACCACAAUUUGUCUGCAGCUGGUAAGAAAGACAAUUUGGUCCUUCGUGUGUUUUUAUUGCGAAACGGAAGAUCUCAUUUGGCAUCUUAUAUGCAAGUACGCGAAAUAAAGGACUUGAUUAAAUUGGUUCAAUCAUUGAUAUUGUAUCAAGUCAACUGUGAAAUUAUUGAUCAACCGGACAUUUACCGAACAAGAAAAUUUCCUGGAAAGAAUUUAGCAAAGAAAUCCCAAAUACCAAUUCCAUAUGGUGUCUCCAAGGAAAACUUAGAGAACUUAUUUGAAACUUUAUUGAUAUACCUGAACCAUAAAACACAUCACAGUUCCAACAUGAAUAAGGUUGAAAACACAAUGGAGAACAAAACUGGUAGUAAGGAAGUUAAUUAUAUGAAGAUUAUUUCGAAGUUGGCUCCAAUGUAA